UCCACAAAAGAUAUGAACAAGAAAAACCAUCACAGCCCUGCAGCUCCUACUACCGGAAGCCGACACCCGCUCUAUCAUGGUAUCAGAUGCAGGCUUAAGACUGGAAAAUGGGUUUCUGAAAUUCGGGUUCCACACUCGUCCACCCGCAUUUGGUUGGGCACGUAUCCCACACCCGAGAUGGCGGCUGCGGCUCACGAUGCGGCUGCAUUGGCUCUCAAAGGAUCUAAUGCAUUACUAAACUUUCCCGACUCAGUUCUGCCUGAUCCUCUUCCUGAGUGUCCCACUGCUGAUGACAUAUGUGCGGUGGCUGCACGCGCAGCAGCUGCUCGACAUCCGUCAAAUAAGGAGGAGACUGGAAGCAGUACACGUGGAGAAUUUUUGGACCAUGACGCAAUAUUCGACAUGCCAAAUAUGUUAUCCGAUAUGGCGGAAGGAAUGAUGCUGAGCCCGCCGAGAAUGAACUCUAUCCCGCCACAGGAGUAUGAAGAUAGCUCCGGUGGAUGGAAUAAUCUAUGGGACUACUGAAGAUAAGCACAAUAUCAGAAGGAAGGUAUGCAUGAAUUAAGCUCUGAGUAUUUGUGCAAAGUUAUAUUUAUUAGAUGUUCGAUUUUCUGUUUUUCAUUGUUGCAUGACUGCAUGCAACUCAAUAGAUUGUAUCCAUCCAUGUAGUUGAUGUCUAUCAUUAUUAUAUUAAUAAUUUAUAAAUAAACAAG